AUGUGUAAUAGAACUCAUUUAAAUUAAAAUAUUCCGACUCAUUUAUAUAGUGAAUUAGUUAAAUCAGAAUAAGGAAGAAGACUUUUGACCAACAAUAAAAUAAUCAAUAAAUGUAUUAAUAUUAUUUAAGAUAAUGAUUCUAAUAUUUUAUCAAAAAGAGCUGCUUUAUGGUCUAUUGGAAACAUUGGAUAUCAUAAAUAAGGCUCUGAAAUGAUUAUUUAGGAUAAUAUUAAUAUAAUUUAAUAUUUAGUUAAUUUAGCAUAAUAAAGUGAAGUAUUAUCUUUGAGAGGAACUUGUUUAUAUAUACUCAAUAUGCUUUCAAAUACAGAAUUAGGAAGAAAACAUAUUUUAAGUAAUAAUUGGUAAUGCAAUUGGAAUAAUAAUACAGGAUGGGUUGUUAUUCCUGAUAUUGAAAGAAAAAAUAUAAUGCAAGAGGAAAUUAAAGCAAAAGAUUGCGCCCAUGGGUUAGAUAAACCAGUAUUACCAAGAUAAGCAAAAUAAUUUGUCGGAUUAAAAAAUAAAGGAUCUACAUGCUAUCUAAAUUCUUUAUUUUAAGCUUAUUAUACAACUCCAGAGUUCAGAUAAUCUAUAUUUAAUAUGAAAUUAUGUGUCGAUAGUUAAGAAAAAAGAAGCAAUUUUGUUGAUAAUAUAAACAAACAUAAUUUUUUAUUAGCUUUUUAAAAACUUUUUAUAGAAAUGCAAGAAUUAAAUGUUUCCCACAUAAGCACUGAAGAAGUUCUUAAAAGCUUUGGUUGGGACAAUAAUGAAGCAUUUUAAUAAUAAGAUAUUUAAGAAGCUAUAAGAGUUAUUUUUAAUGGUUUAGAAAUUGCAUUGAAAGGAACUCAAUUGUAAGAUUAAUUGUUAGAUAAUUUUAAAAUUCUUACUGUUGAUUAAAUAUAAUGUUUAAAAUGUAAAUCUAUAAAAGAAAUGUCUCAUAUAUAAUAUGAUUUAAUGGCCUAAAUUAAAGGAUAAGAUUGUUUAGAAGAAAGUUUAAUAAAUUUAUAAAAUCAUGAAAAACUCACAAAUGAAAAUUAAUAUUUUUGUAAUUAAUGCGAUUCUAAAUAAGAUGCUUUAAAAGGAACUGAAAUUCGCAAAUUACCAAACAUAUUAACUAUUUCUUUAAUGAGAUUUGAAUUCGAUAUGGUAAAAUAAUAAAGAAAUAAAUUAAAUGAUAGAUUUUCAUUUGGUUUGGAAUUAGAUGCCUCAUUAUUUUGUGAUUAGUUUAAUCCAAAUGAUGAGAAUCAUAUUUAUGAACUUUAUGCUGUUCUUAUACAUAAAGGGGGUGCUUAUGGUGGCCAUUAUCAUGCAUAUGUAAGAGAUCUUUUGUCAAAUAAUGAAAAUAAUAAUCGUCCAAAUAAUGGUUAUGAACUGCUAUAAAAUGAAGGUGCUUAAAAGAAUAGCUAAAUAGAAGAAGAAAAAGUUGUUUCUGAUGGCUAAAAUAAUUAAAAUUAAAUAAUUUUAGAAACAUAAAAUGAACUUCCAAAAAGAUACUAUCCAUAAUAAAGUUGGAGGCUCAAAGAUUUAGAAAACGAUAAAGUUUUUUCUUUAGAAGAUUAUAGAGAAUAAAUAAAAGAUAUAGUAUAAUAACACUAGGAAUUAAGAUUUAGUAUAGAAGAAGGUUUAAUUCCUAAAAAGGAUUAAUAAAUAAUUAAAUUUAGAUAUUUUAGUGAGGUUAAAAAAGAUAAUAUAUAUACAGAAGUAAUUGUUAAUAACAAUACUACAGUAAAAGAAGCAAAACAUUAGGCUUGUGAUUAGCUUGGCUUUUGCCCCUAAGAAUACUCUGUUUAUAAAGUUGAUGAAAAUGAUUAACCAUUUAAUUGCAUCAAAAGGGAAUAAUAAUUAUUAAAUGCUAAUAAUUUAAAAAAAUGCACUUUAUAUUAAUUAGUAUCUUUUAAAAAUUCAAUCGAUUUAAAAGAAAGUUAAUUUGCAGUUUAUUUAAUACCAUAAAAUGACGGAGAAAAACAAGUUUAUAUUUCUACUAUAAUCAUAAAUAAAAAUGCUUCAGUUGAUGAAUUAAAACAAACUAUUAUGUAAUAAGAAACAUUUCAAGACAUCGCUUUACAAUAUGAAACUUUAACCUUAGAUAAUAUAAGAGUGAGAGAAAUGAGAAAAAAUCAUUAGUUGGGUAGUAUACUUAAAAAAACUGAUAAGAAAAUUGGGAAGUUAUUAAGUAAUGCUGUUUAAGUUUUAGCUGUUUAGGUAAAUUUUAUAUUUAUUUUUUUAAAUAUGAAUUGUUAAAAAGAUUAUGUAAAACGCAGAAGAGUUAUUUGA